AUCAAGCCAGAACUGGUGGUCAGUCUGUCGGUGGGAGCUUCACACGUCUUGUACGAAGAGAGCUCACAGUCACACUUCAGCGUCCACGCUGCUCGACGCGAACCACUGCCCUGGCUCCGUCAUGUUUCUGUUCCAAGGAAAAUUUGGCAACAUUUUUUACACUGGUGACUUCCGGUACAAUCCCGAUGUCCUUGAACAUCCAAUAUUGAAGUCAGUUAUCGACAACGAAUGUGUCAAUAGACUCUACUUAGACAAUACAUUUGCUGCAGAACAUUGUAAAUUUCCACCACGAGAGAAAGUCCUCCAGGAUAUCAUCAGUCUGAUCAGGAGGUAUCCAGAACACCAUGUCGUGAUUGGAGUUAGAAAGUUGGGCAAGGAAGAAGUGCUACGUGCAAUAGCUUUGGCCUUAAAAGUAUGUGGAGAUCUAACAGAUGAAGAUAUCCUGGCUUCUGUUCAACCCUCAAAUCCUCAAGAAGAUGAAAAGUAUGAGGAGGAUGGACGGGCGGAGAGUGAUCGGCAAGAAGAGAAGGGUCCUGUGUUUGACAGUUUUGUUGACAGCACUGUACAGCGUGGUGCCACCUGGCUUCAAGUGUACGCUUAA